AGUGAGUGUCGUUUACAUUCCUCAAUCUGGCCGAUGUUGUGAUGUAUUGAUUUUUAAAAGUGUAAUUACAAGAAUCACGACCUGCAUUGCAGCGGAAAAUCCCUUCGUUUAAACAUGGGUCUCUUCAAAGUCGCAAAGUGUCCAACAGACGAAUUAUCUUUGUCCAAUUGUGCUGUGGUAAACGACGGAGACUUCUCAGCUGAUGUUAAACACAUUCGAGUGAACACGGGAGGCGGACAGAAUUUCAUAUUUUCAAUCAAAGGCCACCCGAGCAUCUUCAAAUCCCAAGUGGGGUUCAGUCUACCGCAAAGGAAAUGGGCCGUUUUGUCCCUAAAUCAAGACAUCAAUGUCGAUCCUUACGUUCCCACCGAAUACAUUUCUUCCAUCGUAUUCGAGGCCGAUUACAUGCAAAAGAAAACAACUUCGCAGGAGCAAUACGAUACAGACGAAAUGGCCAAGGAGUUUUUGUAUGCAUUCCCCAACCAAAUGUUUACAGUGGGGCAACAGUUGGCUUUCGCUUUCAAGGAUAAAAAAUUGCUAAUAUUAUUCGUUAAAGACAUCGAAGUGGUGGAGAUAGCUAAAAUAAGGGCGGGAGGAGACGUAAAACCGAGGAAAGCUAAACUAGGUCAACUCAUACCUAAUUCGCUCAUACAAUUCGAGAAAGCCGAAAACACCUCGUUGAAUUUGGUCGGCAAAUCUCAAGGGAAGGUCGUUCGCCAAUCGAUCAUCAAUCCCGAUUGGGAUUUCAACAAAAUGGGCAUCGGCGGUUUGAGCAACGAAUUCAACGCCAUAUUCAGGAGGGCUUUCGCUUCGAGGGUCUUCCCGCCGGAAUUAGUCGAACAGCUAGGCAGCAAACACGUCAAAGGUAUAUUGUUGUACGGCCCUCCGGGUACCGGUAAAACUCUCAUGGCCAGGCAAAUAGGAAAAAUGCUGAACGCCCGAGAACCGAAAAUCGUCAACGGGCCCCAAAUUCUCGACAAAUACGUGGGCGAAUCCGAAGCCAACGUCAGACGAUUGUUCGCCGAAGCCGAAGAAGAGGAGAAACGGGCCGGCCCGAACAGCGGCUUGCACAUCAUCAUAUUCGACGAAAUCGACGCCAUUUGCAAGCAAAGAGGAUCGGUGGCCGGUAACACCGGAGUACACGAUACAGUUGUCAAUCAAUUACUGUCGAAAAUCGACGGCGUCGAGCAAUUGAACAACAUCCUAGUAAUUGGUAUGACGAACAGAAGGGACAUGAUCGACGAAGCCCUAUUGAGACCCGGCAGAUUGGAAGUUCAAGUGGAGAUCAGCCUGCCCAACGAAGAAGGUCGCAUACAAAUCCUCGAUAUACACACGUCCAGGAUGAAGCAAUACAAAAAAAUCAAUCCUGACGUCGAUAUAGCCGAAUUGGCUACCCUGACAAAGAACUUCUCCGGGGCCGAAUUGGAGGGUCUCGUCCGAGCGGCUCAAUCCACGGCGAUGAAUCGAUUGAUAAAGGCCUCUUCGAAGGUGGAAGUCGAUCCGGAAGCCAUGGAAAAGUUGAUGGUGUCCCGGUCGGAUUUCAUGCACGCUUUGGAGAACGACGUGAAGCCGGCGUUUGGUACAGCUCAAGAGGUGAUCAAUCAGUUCCUGGCUCGUGGUAUAAUCAAUUGGGGUCCGCCCGUUACCAGUAUUUUGGAGGACGGGAUGUUGUUUAUACAACAGGCCAGAGCUACCGAUACUUCGGGAUUGGUUUCGGUGUUGAUCGAAGGUCCUCCGAAUGCAGGCAAGACCGCUCUGGCGGCGCAAUUGGCGAAAAAUUCCGAUUUUCCAUUCGUUAAAGUUUGUACACCAGAAGAAAUGGUCGGUUUUACGGAAACAGCGAAAUGCCUGACUAUACGUAAAGUGUUUGACGACGCCUACCGUUCGACUUUGAGUUGCAUUUUAGUGGAUAAUAUCGAAAGAUUGUUGGAUUACGGUCCGAUCGGUCCGCGUUAUUCGAAUCUAACGUUACAAGCUUUGUUGGUUUUGCUUAAAAAGCAACCGCCGCCCGGCAAGAAGUUGCUCAUUUUAUGUACGACUAGCCGAAGGCUAGUUUUGGAAGAGAUGGAAAUGUUGUCGGCCUUUACGGCGGUUUUGCAUUUACCGAAUUUAUCCAAACCGGAGCAUCUGUUGAACGUUCUGGAAGCCUGCGAUGUGUUCUCCGGCAAGGAGUUGAAACAAAUAACGCAUCAGAUACACGGGAAAAGAAUUUUCAUCGGCAUCAAGAAGCUGUUGGCUCUAAUUGACAUGGCCAGGCAAACGGACGAAAGGCUCAAAGUCGUGAAGUUUAUAUCGAAGUUGGAGGAAGAUGGGGCUUUAGAGGAUCCUGGAAUGGCAUGAAAAUCAUCUCGUAAUAAUCGAAAUUCUUGUUGUGUAUAGCGAAUUCUCGGUAUUGCCUAUAUGCUUUUUUUUAACGUUUAUUUCCCAACGGUAUUUGUAACGAAAAUGCAAUGUUAACGCAAAUAAUUAUAAUUAGGCUAUUUUAACAAGUAAAUUAAACGAUAUAUGUAUUCAUUAUGAUAAAUUAGAGAACAAGAAAAGAGCAAAAUUAGUUGAUUGUGCAAUUAUUACGAAAUGUUCAAAUGUUGUGCCAUUCUGAGUUGAUUUUUUUAUGCAAAUUUUGAACAAAACCUUUUUUUUACAUUUGCUAUUGCAAUGCACUUUAGAAAUAAUAGGUUGUUGAGGCUUGAAUUUUAUUUAUUGAACUCAGAAUGAUAAAUUUUUUGUUGGUAGUUCUAGUUAGAAAAUCGUCAAACGUACUUAUUAUAUAAUAAGGUGUAUUUACGGGAUAUUUUUGCACGCCGUACAUUUUUUGCUUAUAGCAAAAAAUUCCCAUUAAUUCCCAUUAAUCUGAACAAUUCCACAUGUAUUGAAUAAGUUACUGAAUUUAUUAAUUUUCAAACAUUCCAAGGCUUAACUAAGAAUUUGAUUUUACGUGAAAUAUUCUGUAUGUUUGUAGUAUUGAAGUAGCUAAACUAGCUGAAUAUUUUUAUCAUAUCUUCUUAACUAGUGGAGUAUUCGAAAAAGUGUUAUUAGUGAAACGAGAACUUAUAUUGUUGAUCGAAACGGGUUAUAAAAAUGUGUAAUAUCUUUAUAAAAAUAAUUAAAUUGAUCGUAAAUCGAUAAAUUUCAUUUAUUAUUGUCAUUAUGUGAUGUAGCUUCAUUUAGUAAAUUCAGUCAUCUUUAAUUAAUUAUAAGAGUCAAUUAGAAGUUAAGAAAACAUCCCUAUAAUUCGACUGAAUUGCGAUACAUGUUAAUUUAAUCGAUUUAGUUUAUUUGUAUAUUUUGAGUAUUUGUUGUAUUUAUUGUACAGUGUUAUAGCUUAAAAUACUUAAUUGUUGAUGAAGAUAAAAAUGUAUACCGAUAUAGAAAAAUCAAUAAAAAUAUUCUAAAGUAA